AUGGAAUUGAGUGGCGGGGAAUUGUCAUAUCUGGUUACUAAACUAACUGGGGAGAUGGUGAAGUUGAUAUCGCAUUCACCGCUAUGCCUUCCAAUUCCAAAUUCAUAUUCAAAUUCAAAUUCAAAUUCAAGGGUACUACUGUAUCAACAUGCACACAGAGCUCAAUUGCGGGUUCGAUGCAGUAGUGAUCAUGACGGGGAGAAGAAGAAGAAGGAGAAGCGUUUGUCGGAGCAGUCGUCGUGGGAAGCGAAGGACGCAGAGGGAAGAGACUAUCUGUACAGACUUGGCAAAGAGGCUGAUAACAUGAACAUCGCCGUCGGCCAGCGUGCAGGCGUCAUCGAUUCCCUAUUCGCCGGCAAUUUUCUCGGCAAAGAUUCGGACAUUGUGUUUGACUAUCGUCAGAAAGUGACGAGGUCCUUUGAAUACCUUCAGGGCGAUUAUUACAUCGCUCCUCUCUUCAUGGACAAAGUGGUAUGUCACAUUGUCAAGAACUACCUAGCUCAUCUCCUCAACACUAAAGUUCCUUUAAUUCUAGGUAUUUGGGGAGGAAAAGGACAAGGGAAAUCAUUUCAAACAGAACUUAUAUUUCAGACCAUGGGAAUUGAACCUGUAAUUAUGUCUGCUGGGGAACUAGAAUCGGAGAGAGCUGGAGAGCCAGGAAAAUUAAUUCGUGAACGUUAUAGAACAGCAUCUCAAGUGGUCCAGAAUCAAGGAAAAAUGAGCUGUUUGAUGAUCAAUGAUAUUGAUGCUGGCCUUGGUAGAUUUGGGAAUACUCAAAUGACGGUCAACAACCAAAUUGUUGUUGGGACUCUUAUGAAUCUGUCAGACAAUCCUACAAGAGUAAGUGUUGGUCAAGAUUGGCGAGAUUCAGAUAUCACAAACAGAAUUCCAAUCAUUGUAACAGGGAACGAUUUUUCAACAAUUUAUGCUCCACUGAUUCGUGAUGGAAGGAUGGAUAAGUUUUACUGGCAACCUAACCUUGAAGAUAUCCUGAAUAUCGUUCACAGAAUGUAUGAUAAAGAUGGUAUAUCCAGGGUUGAAGUGGAAAAGGUUGUGAACACUUUCCCUAAUCAAGCAUUGGACUUUUAUGGAGCUCUAAGAUCGCGUACUUAUGACAGAUCUAUUUUAAAGUGGAUUGAUGAAAUUGGUGGUGUUGAAAAUUUCGGAAACAAACUUCUCAAAAGAAGAAAGGACCAAAGCCUUCCUGUAUUUAUUCCUCCAGAGCAAACGCUGGAUGCUUUACUUGAAUCCGGUUAUUCUCUAAUCAAAGAACAACAGUUGAUAAUGGAAACUAAACUUUCAAAGGAAUACAUGAAGAACAUUGAUGACUGA